ACCGGGGAGUUGUGGGGUCGGGAGAGGGUGCCCCGACAAGGGGCGACCCUCGGCCCCUCGGUGAGAAACGCUGAAGUAAAUGUAACCCCGCUAAGGUUUGUGCUUGCCCAGCAUGUCCGGCGAGUUGACCGAAAGUGUCAUCAAGGGAAUAAUCCGCAAAGUCGGACUGGAGUGCGCUGCCCAGGGACAAACCCUGUCUGAAACCUUGGUGGCGUUCAUGGUGAGAGCUGUUGUUUUAGAUCCAAGAAAUGGCUUUAAUAUGGAUCAAAUCCUUACAGAAAAAGAUGUGCAAGAUCUUAUCCAGCUCUGUGUUACCAGACUGCUUGACACAACAAAUCCAUCCCUGAGCACAAUUAAGAUGCAAGUUUACUUUGAUAUGAACUAUGCCAACCGAGCUGAAUUACUCCGUGAGCAGCAGCGCAUUCUGGAAGGAAAACUGGCUCCUGUGGUCAGAGAUAUCACAGAUAAUUGUCCUCCUGUGCAAGAAGAAAUAGAGAAAGUGUAUCAAAAUAUUGUUACCUAUGCACUGCUGAGCUCUGGCCUGGGAUCCCCUACAGAUAUUGAGGCUAUCAGGGAGGUAACAGCUGCCUUGCAGAGUGUAUUCCCCCAGACAGAGAUGACUGCUUUCAUUUCACUCAAUAAGAAGGACAAAGAACAACAGCUGAAAAAUCUUGCCAUGCUAGUCAUGGGAAUUCGGUUGUACAACAAGGAGUGCGGGAAAGGAGGAAGGAGCAUUGACGACUUGCCAGCCAUUCUGAAUGAAGCCAUUCCAUCAGCUACACAGACUGUCGAUGAAGGUCUUAAUACCUGCCACAUGCUAGCUCACAAGUAUACAGCUCUGUUGGAAUCCAUGCAGGAAGACUCCCACAGAUAUAUGCAGCUUAGUUCAUUUAAAUUAAAAGAAGCACUUUUCAAUGUGAGACAGUAUGAGGCCUUCCUUUGCAUCCUUCUGUCUGAUGCAAUUACUAGUGCUCAAGAAGUUGAAACCUUGAGUGUUCAGUUUGCAGCAACAAUGAUGCAAUUGAAAAACACAGUGCAGGAUAAGAUUUCCAUAGAUUCCGAAGAAGUUUUUCCUCUCUUUCUUGAACUUUCUAAACUCUGGACCAGCUUUCAGGAUGAAAUGCUACUGCUAAGCUUCCUCACAAGUAUGACUAGCAAUCUCCAACAGUUCUUGGAAAUCCAGUCACAGCUUUUUCCUGAGGAAGUGCUAACAUCUCUUCUGGAAGGAGUGACUGUGAAAAGUGAUGAGGAAAGGAUAAGAGAAACCAUGGGAACCAGAGUGAAUGUUUCUGAUUUCAAGAACCAAGAAUGGCUUUUUCCAGAGACUACUGAUAAUUUUGAUCAGUUGCUAAUCCAGUACCAUAGUUUCUGUGCACAUGCAAUUGGUGUGAAAGGCCUCACCCUACCAGUUUUUUCCUCUUUUUUAGGAAAUCCUGCUAUUGGAAUUUUGAAGCACAAGGCGAAAUGUUAUGUUUUCAGUUCCAAAGAAGCUGCAUGCACCUUUGCUCAAGAUCCAGAUAAAUUCAUUCAGUUGAAUGUAGAAAAAGCAAAAGAAUAUGCAGAGCUAAUUCAAUUGCUUGAGCUCCAUCAUCAGUUCGAAUACCUUUUUCCUCAUGCACAGGCGAGAAUUGCAGACAAAUGUUUGAUGAAACCAACUGCAAAAUGUGACAGUAGUACUCAAACUGAUACUCAUAUCUUGCCUCCAACUAUUGUGAGAUCCUAUGAAUGGAAUGAAUGGGAACUGAGAAGAAAAGCUAUAAAAUUGGCCAAUUUGCGUCGCAAAUUAACUCACGCCAUGCAGACUGAUCUCAGCCAUAUGAAAAGAGAGAACUUCACCCAAGUGUACUUGCCAAAAGCUGUCGGCACCCAGACUAAGCGUGACAAUUCCAGCAAUGUACCCAGACCACAGAUUUUCUUGAAAGGUCUCCGAGGACGAUCCUCUCCUACUACUCAUAUGGUCAAAGUAGACUUAACAAGAGCAGCAGAUGAAACCUAAGUGGAAAUGAGAAACCUGAAGACACGUAUUGAAUGUGUAUAUAAAAAUCCCUGAAUAUAUCUGAAUUAAGGUAUUAAAGAUUUUGCUGUGUCUGUUGA